AUGGUUAAGAAGUGGGUGUGCAUUGAGCCGCUUGAUGGGACUGAGGAGGAGUUCCGUCCUAUCAACUCUCUGGUUAAGUGUAAGGCGUGUAAUCAGCAGAAUAAGAAGUACAACGCCUAUUAUAACGCUGCUAGGCACCUAAGGUGCGUGCAUUUCGUCCCUAAGACCCGCGAUCGCAAAAAGGCGGAUGGAGGUGAUUGGCCUCCGAUGGAGGAGCUAAAGAGGUGGAUGAAGGAGGUGUAUGAAUCCUCUGAUGCUGCACAGCAAGAUGACGAUGGCGAGUCCGCUAGCGAAGACGACGUCUUCAUCGCUGGCCUCGAAGACCCAACUAGCAUGUCCAUCUCCGCAUCUCAGUCAUCGAAUCACAUGAUGUUUUUCGAUCAGAGCUUCCUCUACCCCACCGCCGCAACCGACGCGCCCAUGUUCGAUUGCUCCUCCUCUGGCGGCUCGAGCUUCUCGACAGCUCCUCUUUUGACAAAGAUGAGAACUCGCUCGGCCAAAUCCAAGCAGUGA